AUGCGCCAUGUGCGAUGCUUGUCGCAGUGUCAGUUUUAUCCUGAUGCAACAGUUAGUAUCCCUGUAAACAUUUCCUUCACUAGAGCUUUCUUAGGAGAUAAUUUUAAGGGUUUAAGAAGACGCUGUGUGAUGGCGAAACUCAACCAAGAAUCUCCUAACAACUCUAGUCCCAAAAAUUUUUCCAAAGUUUCAAAGGAUGCAAUACCGAAAAAAGAAGUGGGAUCGAGUCUUACAAAAACACUUCCGGAACCUGUUUGCAAACAUAUUGUUUUCUCUGAUUCUGAACUAAAUCCUUCAGAUACUAUGCCGGCAACUUCUAUCAAAACCGUCCAUUUACCAAAGCAUCGUACUGGAGUGAAUACGCUACCGAAUGGAAUGUCAAGAAAUUAUUUAAGCUCUGUUUCUUAUACCUUGAGGAAUUUACUCAACAAAAGUUCUUCAGAAAGUGAAUCUUCGUCCACCGAUUCUGCCCAUGAAUAUACAACUCAGAAUCCCGUUCCUAUGAAUAAUUCUUCGCGACAAAUAACAAAACAGUUGACUUCAGCAGAUGUUCCCACUGAGAAUUCUAUAGGCAGUAAUUUAGUGGCCGAUAGUGAUAUUAAUAAUUGGAAUGAAAUGUUUGAUGAAAUGCAGCGAUUGGGUUUCCCAACCACCUUUGGUCGCCCUCAAAAUAAUAGACAUGAGGUUUCGAAGUAUGUAAGGCCUAUAGACCUUUCAUCAGAUUUCUAUGAGGAUGAUGAGGAUGAUCAAGCUGACCAGUGGCUGUUAUUCUUUGCUAGUAGGCUGGAAAAUAAUCCCGCACUGCGAAACAAAACAACUAUGCUCCGUAGUCUUUCUGAUAUUGAUAUUGAAAGUCUUGGGAAAUGCACUGGAUCAUUUCCCAGUGGAUCUGUAGAACUAAAAAGUAUUGUUGAUCCAUGUAUUUGUGCGUCAUCAACUUUCUCAAGGAUGUGUUAUCUGUUCGAGCUGGCUUGUAUAUAUACCGACUACGAUCGUAUUACUAGUAAUAAUAGCUGUGGUGCAUUUAGUGAAUGGAAAUUAAAUCUACCUCGCUGUUGGGAUUCUCCAACAUUCAAACUAAAAGCUCUGUUAUACAAAUGUCGUUUCUUUUGGCGUUACAAUCCACCGAUGCCUAAAAAACCAAUCAGUUGUAAGACAAUGUCAAGCACGGACUUUGAUCCGUCAAUGGAGAAAUAUUGGGCACAAAGAUAUCGUUUAUUCUCUCGUUUCGAUUAUGGUGUUGAAUUUGAUUCUGAUGCAUUGUUCAGUGCUACACCCGAGGUAAUAGCUGCCCAUCAAGCUAAACGCAUUUAUCGAGCUCUGUCAACUUCUUCCUUUGUAAAUGGCAGUUGCACUGUUUUGGAUAUAUUCUGUGGUACUGGGUCAAAUGCCAUACAACUGGCGCAACGUGGUUUCCGAGUCGUCGCAGUUGAAUGUGAUCCUAUUCGUAUUGCAAUGGCUACACAUAAUGCCGAAAUCUACGGUGUUGGUCAUCUGAUUGAAUUUGUUUGUGACGACUAUUUCACUUGGGCAUGGAAAGAAAUUCAUUCAAGGAGUACUGCUGUUCAGUCACAAUCUCCUAAGAAGACUGAAUAUAUGGCCGCAUUUAUGUCACCACCAUGGGGUGGACCCAGCUACUUGGAUCUUGACAGUUUCGAGCUAUCUAAUAUCAAGUUUCAAAAUUCUGACACAGAUUUUUGGUCUGCUUUAUAUUUAGCCUUAGUGUUGGCUAAUGGAAAUGCAGCAGUAUAUUUACCUCGCAAUACAAACAUUGCAAACUUUGUAAAGAUUUCAACAAAGUGUGUUAAGGAAUUGAGAACUGACCCAUUGAAUAUUGAAUUCGAACUAGAUUUGAUUAAUUCUAAGGCUAAAGCUUUAACAGUUUAUUUCGGUGCUUUAGCGAACUGUAAUCAACUGACUGUUGUACCCAGUGAAUCGAGUGACUCAAGUGAAUCAGACUACAGUGAAUAA